UGGAUGCUUCGGUGGAGCUGGGCUGCCGCUUCUCACUUGAAUUCAGCACAAGUUAUCGAAGCAAGUUUCAGAGAAGAGUAGGUGGAAUAUCUGGACCAGGAAUGGAGCUGUGGAUAGCGCGGGUCUGCUGUGUUUUUGUCAGCCUGUUUUCAGGUCUGGCCUGUGGUCUGGAGAUCGUAUCUACAGGACAGACUCCAAUUGAGAAGGCAAGUGGUCAGAGCGUGAAGUUGGACUGUCAGUUCACUCUGGCUGCUGAAGACGCAGGACCACUGGAUAUUGAAUGGAGCUUAUUAUCAUCCGACAACCAGAAAGAGGACAAAGUGGUGAUAUUUUACUCAGGUGACAGAGCGUAUGUAGACCACUACCCCCCCAUGAAGGGUCGAGUCCACUUCAACUCACCUGACCCCAAGAACGGUGACGCCUCCAUCAACCUGACGGGGUUGAAGUCGUCAGACUCGGGUACCUACCAGUGCAAGGUGAAGAAGGCUCCGGGUAUCAAAAGCAGGAAGAUGCUGCUCAUCGUCAUGGUGAAACCGUCCAAGCCCAGGUGCCACGCUGAAGGCCCCACGCAAGAAGGCAAAGAUAUUGUGUUGAGGUGCUUAUCCAACGAGGGCACCAGCCCCCUGCAGUACAGCUGGGAGAAGACCAGUCACAACAAGCUGCUCCCUGCCUCCGCUGUGCUGGAUCCUUUGGCAGGAACUGUUAACGUGAGGAACGCAUCUGCCAGCGCAUCUGGUACCUACCGCUGCACCGUCACCAACCGUGUGGGCACUGAGGACUGUAUACUGCAUCUGAACGUGACACCUCCUCCCAACACUGCAGGGAUCAUUGCAGGAGCCAUAAUUACAGUUCUGCUGAUCCUCCUCAUUAUUGCCAUCAUCCUCUUCUGCUGCUGCCGUGCCCGUCACAGGAAGAAGUACGAGAAAGAGAUCUGCAACGAGAUCAGAGAGGACGUCCCUCCACCAAAGAGUCGUGUAUCCACGGCACGCAGCUUCACCGUGGGCAGCCAGCGCUCCUCCCUAGGCUCCAUGUCGCCUUCCAACCUGCACGAGUACGCCCUCAAACCUCAGUACGACAAGAUCCCCUCAUCGGAGGAGUACGAGCGGCCUCCUAGCCACGCUCCUCUCCCGCCGCCCACCGCUGCCAAAAUGGCCGGCCCUAACCUCAGCCGCAUGGGGGCCAUCCCCGUCAUGAUCCCUGCACAGAACAGGGACGGCUCCAUCGUCUAGCCUGAGGGGAGGGUGAAGCGAGAGGAGGGAUCGGAGGAAGAAAGAGGGACUUAAAAAAAUGAAGAUGGGCUGCCUCGGCUGACUUUUAGCUCUUCAUUAUUUACACAAUGAGAGUUUUCUCCUCUUAUGAAGACCGGCUCUGCUGUGGUGCAGAAGAGAUGAAGAGUUUUACUGGAAUCACAACAGAGCACAUUAACUUUUUAUCAAAUACAAAUACAAAAAAAAAAACCUUUUAUGAAUUUUACUUCCUGGACUUUGUCACAGAAAAAUGAAUUAGUGUGGAUAUAAAGACGAAUGGUCAAUAUACAAAUUCUAUUGUACAUAAGUGAAUGCAUGUUUUUCUUUUUUUUCAUAUAGAUGGCCCUCGCUGUAGAGAUACUGUAUGUUUAAAACAGAUCCAGGACCCUUGCUGGCCAGCAGUGCAGCUGUAUGCAUGCCUGUUUGUAUAGACCUGCAGCUGUAUGUGAGUGUGAAUGUGAACGGGAGUUUGGGAAAUGUAUAGCUCAUUAUUCUCUUUUAACGCCUACUUGACAAUUUGAUCAUAUUCAGGCUUGUCCGUCUCCACCUGUUCCAGACGGACUUUUAUUCCCACAAAUGUCACAGAAAAUUGGAUGUUAUUCAGAGAAAGAAUCAUAGAUUUCAGAGUUGAAAUAUUUAGGUCAGCCGUUUUCUGUUGAACCGUUUGAAUCAUCCAGUCUGGGUGCACUUUGGGGGUAAAGCUGUCAGGAUUGGCUGCUGGCACGGGGGAGGUUCAGGCCACUUCAUGUUCUGAUUGGCUGGAUUAUUGCUUCUUGACCGAGCUUAAAAAACAAUAAAAGCCCCCCCAAUCCCUCCCCUGCAGAUCUUAGAGGAGGUAGUAUAUGUGGGAACACAGGGGGCAGCUGGACAGCAAGGUUCACCGAGCAAUCCGCUUUGAUUAAGUUUGACUGUCAACAGGCCCCUAAACCCCCUGACCAGCAGAACCCGCCGCUCUCCCACACGCCAUAUUAGGAAGACAACACCAAGUCUUAAUCAUCAUCUGGAGUAUCAGUGGCCCCUGUUAGAUCUGCAGCGUGUGUAAUCCUCCUUAUUAGCAUUACAAGGAGCCAAUAUCUUGAUUAACCUUCUCUCUGUGGUCAAUAGGAAACCUCGCAUGGCUCUCACAGUGUUAAUUGGACUUUUAAAUGAAGGAUGUAGGGCCGGCUUUCAUGAAGAAAAAGCCCACGCAGAGGAACAAAUGUGAAAAGCCUGUGAAAGCUGAAGGCUACUGCUCUGAAACCACUUUACAACCGCUGUGGCUGGGCUUCGUUUUGCUCUGGACAACAGCAGAGAUGUUCUCAUACCGUAUUUUCUUUCAGAUAUCAGAACCUGGAUUUACUGGUAAGGAGAUUUAUUGUAUACUGCAGAAAACGUCAGAUCUUAGGACAUGUAUUUACCUAAUUUCUAGUAAAUCUCAUAAAGGGCACCACUGACUUGGUAUUGUGUCCGCAUGGGUGGGAGUUGCCCUCCUUAAGAUGGGUGGCUCUGACCAGGUCUGGCCUAUGGCUUCUUACUUUAUCAUUCCCACUCUGUGGCAUCCAGCUCUCUCUGCUGUCCUACCCCUCCUAUAGUGGCAUAAAAACCCCCAAAAUACAUCUUUAAAAAUACAGAUAUCUCUCAUAUGCUUUCUAUAAGCUCAAUUUGCUUGACAAACUUCUCACUUCAAGACAAUACAAGCAAAAACUAAAGGCCUGAUUUAUACAUCCUGAGUAAAAUGAUCUGCCAAGAAUGCAGCAAGAACAUUUUAUUGUUUAUCUUGCAUUUAGAGGCGUUUGAUAAUGCCUUACUUUGCUUUUUAUAUCUUGAAUUAAGAUCUUUAUCUAGAUUUGCCAAAUGAAUUUGGCUUAUAUGCACAGCUUUUUACAACAUGAUUUAAAGCUAACAGAUACUGCAUACCAUUCCACUUUAGUUUUUCUUUCAUGUUUAUUUGCAUAGGAACAAGUCAUUUAGUUUGCUGAUCUGAUCCUUUUUCAAUGCCAUGUCUCUAAAAAUGAUACAAUCUCUGCCAUUUUAAUGAUAUCAAAAAGUGACAAAAUCUAAAAAAUAAAAAAAUAAAACACUUUAAAUUCACAAGAUAGAAAAAUGAAACUUAAAAAAUUGCAUGCAAGCUCUUGUAUGCUGCAUCUCACAAAAAUAUUAGCUAUAUGAAAUUAAGACAGUGUGCAGGGGAUUGCAUGGUAAUUAAAAACAAGAAUUUAUCCAACACUGGUUGUCAAAGACUUCUUGUAUUAUUUUUGUUAUAUCUACACAACAGCAGCCAGUAUAAAAAUAUUAGUUUUUAACAAGUAUCAAUGUGAAGUUAAAAUGUUUGGUAUUAUGGCAAGUAUGAGGUAAACUGAUGUCACACUACAGCAUUAAAAGCCUUGGCUCUUUAGCAGUGCCUGUCCUCAGAUGGUUUUUGAAAACAUGUGAUAUCAGAUUUUUAAACCAGUUUGACAGUCACUAUUGCGAAAGAAUCAGGAAAUUAUUCAAAGGACAAAUACAGUUUUUCUAUUUGGGGCAUUGUUCAGACAAGUCUCUUCACAAUGUUUGCACAGGAGCAUCACUUGACACUACUUUUUCAGUGUUUUUUUUUACCCCAAAUAUAUUUCUAGAGUGUUUCAUUUCUUUUUAAAACUUCUUAAAUAAUCAACGCAGGAUGACUCAUAACCUAAAAAAACUGAGUAAUGUAAGCGACAGCUAAAGCGCCUUCGACAGCUGAAGCAUCAGAGAAACACUCAUAUUUAACUUUUAACAUCCAGAGUAAUUCUGAUGAACACUUCAAUCCUCUGGAGCUCUGCAGUGCUGUUGUUUGCCAUCAAUUAAUGAUAGAACACCUCAGCCAGUUCUUGUUUGGUGGUGCAGAAACAUUGGUAGUGUUAUCUGUGAGAAACUAGCAGUAGAAUUGCAACCAUUGACUGUAAAGAUAUUGGAUAAAGUCUGAAUGAUGUCCCUCAUUCAGUUAUUGCAGCUGUCUUUUGAGACCAAACCGUGAUGUUUGCUGUUGUUUCAGCCUAAUUACGUAAAAUUUGUAUCCUCUUUUUUUAAGAUUUAUUGGGGUUUUUUCAUGCCUUUAGCAGAAAGGAGGAAAGUGGAUAGAGCUGAAAGAAGGGCUGAGUGAGUCAGGAAUGACAUACAGAAAAGGAGCAACUGGUCGGUCUUGAUCCCCAGCUGCCUGCUUAAAUGGAGCCUGACCUUAACACGAGGACAUCUGCACCCCUUUUAGUACCCUUUUAAAACUCAAACGGACAAACUGCAAAAACGCUGGCUUCCAUACAGCAUUUGCCCAUAAAACAUUCACCAUUCUAACUGCAAUGGUUUACUCUGCCUGGCAGCAAACAUGCUUACUUCUAUUAUAAAAAUGGGAAUGGUGAGGUAUGUAUGUGACUUCUACUGCCUCAAAUAGACAUCUGAGGAACUACAGGGUUGUUUUUCUUCUGCUUUGGCUUCAUUUUCCAACACCCGAGGUCAUCCCUUGAUUCUAACCCUCCUUGUUGCGUUCAAAAGGCUUUUCAUGACAAGUGAAGGCACUGGAUCAGUGCAUUGACUUGCAUAUUGCUCACAAAGAAUCCCACAUCCAUCUGUAUAAGGCAUUUCUGGGCUGCAUGGUGGUGCAGUGGUUAGCGCCUCAUAGCCCAGGUUCCUGAUUUUGAGUCCUGAUUGGACAGAGCCUUUGUAGGUGGAGUUUGCAUGUUCUUCUUUUGCAUGCAGGGGUUCUCUGCAGGUACUCCAGCAUCCUUCCACAGCCAAAUAUGCUUUUUAGCUAAAUUGCCCGUAGUUGUGAGUGAGAAUGGUUGUUUUUCUCCUCAUGUUAACCCUGUGAUUGACUGGUGACCAGUCCAGGGUGUACCCCAUGUUAUGCCCCAUGACAGCUGGGAUUGGCUUCAUGGUCAGUGUGAUUUACAGAUUUACCCCCUCUGCAGCACCCAAAAACAGGACAAAUGGUACAGAUAAUGGAUGGAUCGAGGCAAUCCUGAUAACUUAGUGGUACAGGAACAACUGUUUUAUUUUAUAAAUGUUUUGUCAGUCUGUCAGUGUUCUUUACUAUUUGACAGUCCUCUAAAUUUGUGGGUUAUUCCACUCUCAAACAUCCCAUCAUCCAUUGUUUGUUGAAGUAAUUUGCCUCUUAUCUGCAACAAAAACAGUACGACUACUUUGAGUGUUUCUUUUUCUCUGAAGCCUUAUUCUACUCCUUAUUUCUUCGCCUUACUCACGCCUCCCCUCAGUGCACCUCUGUACAGCCCUCACAGCUGGACUUUUACUGACUCUAUUGUGCCUUGUUGCCCCGGUUGAAUAGUUUCAUAGCGUCCCGCAGGAGCUAUGUGCCGUAGCAUCAUCCUGAGCGGCCGUCACAGCCACUAGAACAACAUAUUUAUCAGUACACAGUGAGAAUAUUGAUUGUUUUCUGUUGGAUUUCCCACACACGAUCACCUCAAACCAAUCCUCUCAUCGCUUCAAACACAUCCAUCACUGUCUUAAAGCUUUUGUUUUUGUAUUCCAAACAUGACUUCAUGUUUUUUUUUUAUUUAAAGGAAGUAAAUCUGUGUUUUUUUUAUGGUUCUGGCUGUUUGUAUAAUAUCCUGUUGAAGUAACCCUAUCUAAUCAACACACAGUGGAAUGAUAAAAGAUGAUGUUUGUAUGUAAAUGUGAUGCUCUGCCGUGCUGUGCUUGGCAAAUUAUAUCUAAAACAGAAGAGGAGGGGCGGUGUGGGUCUCCUGAGUGAGUCUGUGUGAGGCGUUUGUGUGCGGUUUGUUGGAUGUAAGAGGAGGUGACAUUCGUAGAAACAUCUCUGCCUCUGUUCUUCCUGGUAGAUUGGACGUACGUGUUUUCUAACACAGAGGAAAGUGAGACGGAGGCAGAGAAAUUACAUCUGUCACUUCGUCUCGCCAUGUCUGUAAGUGUGAGAGCGAGUGUAUCGUCCAUGGCGGGAGUGUGUGUUCAGGAAGCGCCCCUGUAGGAUUCUAGUUAGACUCUCACCUGCUGAUGAACUGUACAGAGCUGAGAGGGAGAGCGUGUCCCUCUGUGUGCUCACAUUAAUUACUAACAAUAUUAACUGUAGCUUUGAAAUCAGCGUACUAAUACUGUAUGAAGAUCUCCUUUGAGGUUUGCACUCUGUGCGGAAACCGUUUUUUCUUUUUUUGUGUGUAUUUUUGUGCUGUAUUUUUGAAUAAUAAAAGUCCA